AUGGACGUUGACCCUUGCAAGAUUGAUGUCAGCCUUGCAAGAGCUUUGUUCAAGACUCCUUCGGCGUUGGCCUUGAACCAGACCCAGCACUGCAAGCAGCUGGAAGGGCUGGUCGUUUCUCAAGUGCAGCUCUGUCGCAGCAAUCUGGAGCUGAUGCAGACGAUUAUCCAGGCUGCCCGGGAGGUCAUCAAGACGUGCCGCCAGGCUUUUUCCGACAUGCGGUGGAAUUGCUCGUCCAUUGAGCGUGCCCCGAAUUACUUCCUGGAUUUGGAGAGAGGUACCAGGGAGUCAGCUUUUGUGUAUGCUCUCUCCGCUGCAGCCAUCAGCCACACCAUCGCCCGAGCCUGCACCACCGGGGAGCUCCCCGGCUGCUCCUGUGGUCCCAUCCCAGGUGAGACACCUGGACCUGGGUAUCGCUGGGGAGGAUGUGCUGAGAACCUCAACUAUGGUCUUGUCAUGGGGUCCAAAUUUUCAGAUGCUCCCAUGAAGAUGAAAAAAUCAGGAUCACAAGCCAAUAAGCUGAUGCAUCUGCACAACAGUGAAGUAGGGAGACAGUCGCUGAAAGCCUCCUUGGAGAUGAAAUGCAAGUGUCACGGAGUCUCUGGUUCCUGCUCCAUCAAGACCUGUUGGAAGGGCCUUCAAGAGCUGAAGGACAUCGCCCUGGACUUAAAAAACAGAUACCUUUCGGCCACCAAGGUGGUCCACCGGCCCAUGGGCACGCGCAAACAUCUGGUGCCCAAGGAGCUUGACAUCCGUCCGGUGAAGGAGAGCGAGCUGGUUUAUCUGCAAAGUUCUCCUGAUUUCUGCAUGAAGAACGAGAAAGUGGGCUCCUACGGGACGCAGGACAGGUAA